UCAGCUGGCGGCGCUGGUUACGGUACCUACACAUUCGCUAUAAGUAAAUAAAUAAUAAUGUCAUAAAUAAUUACUGUUUAUUAACCUUGCAUUACAAAUACUAUAAUAUCAUGAAACGAGAUCUAUUUGAUUUUACAUUUCACAGGUAUUUGGCUACUGGGAAAUCAUUUGGUACGUUAUCCGAAGAUUUUCUAAUGGGGAAGUCUACGAUAUCUACAAUUAUUUCUGAAACCUGCUCAAUUUUAUGGGAAAUAUUAAUGCCACUGGAGUUACCACAGCCUACAGAAGAAAUGUGGAUAAAUAUAUCAAAUACAUAUUAUAAUAAAACAAAUUAUCCCAAUUGUUUAGGUGCUGUAGAUGGUAAACAUGUUCGGAUAAAAAAACCAGCUCACAGUGGUUCUAACUAUUACAACUACAAAAAAUUCUUUUCAAUCAUUUUAUUUGCCUUAGCUGAUGCUAACUGUUUAUUUACUGCUGUUGACAUUGGAUCUUGUGGCAGAGAAGCAGAUAGUAACAUAUUUAAAAACAGCAAUAUGGGCAGAAUGAUAACACUUGGACAGUUACAUGUACCAAAAUCUGCCAAACUACCUAAUUCAAGUGGACCCGCACAACCAUAUGUGUUUUUAGGAGAUGAAGCAUUUAGUUUGAAAUCAAAUUUUAUGAGACCUUACCCAAAUCGCAACUUGACCAUGGAACAACGCACAUAUAAUUUUCGCCACAGCCGAGCGAGAAAAUGCGUGGAAUGUGCAUUUGGUAUUUUAUCUAGUAAGUGGAGAGUAUUGCAUACAACCAUAAAUACUGAUGUCAAUAAUGCUAUUAAAAUUGUACAAGCCACAUGUCUGCUACACAAUUUUGUUCGUAGAAGAGAAGGCAUAAAUUUUGAAGAACAGUUAAGCACUUGUAACCUAAGAGAUGUACGAACAUCACUGUUAGUUGUUUCUACGUCGGGUCAGAGGGUGAGAGAGUUUUUCAAAGAAUAUUUCGUGAACGAGGGUCGGCUGUACUGGCAGGACAAAUACAUAUAAUGACGCUUUGUUUUAUUAUUUAUGUAGUGCUACUAAUAUAAUUAUAGAAGCUGUUGAUUUGCAUCCAUGCCAUAGUCAAACAACAAAUCAACAAAAAAAGGGUAGGUAAUUU